AUGGAUUCUUCUGAUGUUGUUGAAGAUCAGCUUCUAUUUAAUGAAUCAGCAAAUGUGCCUGACAUAACUGCAGUGACUAUUUCAUAUCUAUUAUGUAUUUUUGGUGGCUCUUUGUCAGUUCUCAUAUUGUUUGGAAACCUACUUGUAAUAAUCUCUAUUGUUUACUUCAAACAGCUCCACACUCCAACAAACUUCCUGAUGCUCUCUCUGGCUGUGGCUGACCUGCUAGUUGGACUUUUGGUUUUGCCUUUCAGUAUCGUGCUCUUUGUAAACUCAUAUUGGCAUCUUGAAGAUUUACUUUGUAAGGUACGAGGCAGUUUAGAUGUGUUACUGUGCAAUUCUUCCAUUUGGAACUUGUGCUUCAUUUCUGUUGACAGAUAUUAUGCAGUGUGUCAGCCUCUGAGAUACAGAAUUAAAAUAAAUGUCCGUGUUGUUGGGAUCAUGAUUCUGGUGUCCUGGACUAUUGCCACUCUAAAUGGAAUUAUUUUCACAUUAAAGGCCCCAGACAAAGGACAAAAAAACAACAGAUGUGUUUUAUUUCAACCAAAAACACAGAGUACAGUAGUUGUGGCAGGUUUUAUUGCAUUUGGCAUCCCAGGUACCAUAAUGUCUUCAAUCUACCUAAAGAUUUUGAUGGUGGCACAGAAACAGGCACGCAGCAUCCAGAGCAUGGCAAAAUCUACUGCAGCUGUCAGUAAAGUGGAGAGAAAGGCGACUAAAACUCUGGCUAUUGUGGUGGGGAUUUUUUUCAUGAGUUGGACUCCUUACCUUCUGUCCAUCAGCUUUCAUCCUUUGAGCAAUUAUACAAUACCACUACAUGUACUUCAGUCAUUUAAGUGGCUUGGAUGGUCAAACUCAAUGUUAAAUCCGUUUAUUUAUGCUUUCUUUUACAGCUGGUUUCGAUCAGCUUUUAAGAUGAUCAUUACAGGGAAAAUAUUUACAGAUGAUAUUUCUAAUUCUAAACUCUCUUGA